AUGCCUCGCUCAUCUCGUGGAUCCGUCCGUCCCUCGUCCUCGCAGAAGGGCAACUUUGUCUUCGAGGGCGAUGGCGACGACGGAGACGAGGAGGAAGAGGGUGAGGGAGAGGAGCAGGAGGGAGAAGGGGAGGAGAAGGGACAGCAGGAGGAGGGCGAGGAGGAGCCGGAGGAUGACUUCAACGCUGCCUGGGAGGUCCUCGACGUCGCCCGCACGAUCUACGCCCGUGAGGUCGAAAAGCUUGCCAAGGAUGAGGGCAAGGAGACGAAGCUCCUGCUCAGCGAGUGUUACCUUGCGCUUGGAGAUGUGUCUUGCGAGACUGGUGAGUGGGGAGUGUAG